AUGAUACCAGUAGAUGAUAAUGAACAUGAACAGAUGGUUCAUGAUGCAACCAAAGUAGCCAACAACAACAACAUCAAUAAUAGCAAUAGUAAUAAUAAUAGUAAUAGUAAACAUCAUCACAAGGAGCAUAUGGUACUCUUUGUACAUGGUCUCUACGGUGCACCAACAGACUUUACCAACUUGUCUUCGCAAUUGAAGAAGAAACAUCCUGAUAUCAAUAUUCAACUUAGUGAGUCAAACUACUUCUUUGGAGCAACUAGACAGGGUAUUGAUACAUGUGGAGACCGUUUGGUAUCAGAGAUUCUUAAACUCACCGAAGAGCACAAGCCAAAGAAGAUAUCUAUUGUUGGACAUAGUCUUGGAGGAGUGAUUGGUCGAUAUGCAAUUGGCAAGCUUGAGGAGCAGAACUACUUCAAUGAAGUCAAGCCAGUCCAGUUCGUCUCAUUGUCAUCACCACACUGUGGUAGCAGAAGACCACCCAAUGGAUGGUUGAAUAGGAUCAUCUCAAAGUACACAGACACAUUUAUAUCGACCACUGGCAAUCAGCUGAUGCUGACUGACGAUGAGAAGGAUCCACUGCUCGUUAGGUUGGCCAACAAGCAUGGAUCGUAUCACAAGGCCCUGUCCAGGUUUGAGAAUCGCACACUCUAUUCAAACAUUGAGAACGACUUCCAGGUGGUGUUCAACACGUCCAACAUCUCACACAGGAACCCAUACACCAAGGGCGACUUCCCAAUGAAGUUCUCUGAGCGCUACAACCACUUGAUCGAUCCAGAACAGAUGCCCCAGUUUGAGCCACUUCCCGUUGAGAAGGAUCCAUUUGCCAACGAUGAGAAGGGUCAGCAACUCAAAGACAUCCUUUCAAACCUCCAAUCAUUGAACUUUACACGUUAUCAUACUCAUUUCCCCGAUCGUCUUGCACACACUCAUAUAGUGCAGAAGAGAGAGUGGGUCAAUCAAGUAGGCGCAGAUGUAGUCAAUCAUAUUGUUGAUAACAUCGUUGUUGAUUGA